AUGACCCCACAGCCUCGCCGGGAAGAAAGAUCACAGCAAAAUCAGCGAACACCACCACCACCCCGGUAUGAGGUAUUUACUGUCCUCAACGCUUCGUACGAAACUAUAUGGAACGAGAACAGAGAUGAGAUACCUGGACCACAACCAAGGAAGUUCCCGAAGAGUAAACUUACCCAGCAGGAUACCGGAAGGUUCUGUACGUACCAUGAAGACGCCGGGCAUAAUACUAACCUCUGCAUGGCUUUAAAGAAUACGAUCGAAUCACUAAUUCAGAGGGGCAAACUUCAGCGGUACCUACCCGCUAAAGAAAUAGGAGCUAUCGACGUAUACGGCCAGAUAUUCACGAUCCACGGUGGAGGCCCAAAGGAUUUACCUCCCCGGAGGAAGAAGCGAAAUUCCAGUUUCGGCCACCUGGAAGUGUUCAAUUUCAAUUUUCACAAGGCCCCACAACAAGACGGCGACACUAGGUGGAGAUCCAUCACGUUCCUGCAGGAGGAAGAAGCCGAUCUGAAGAUGCCUCAUGAUGAUCCGUUCCUGAUCACGCUCCAAAUGGACCACUACAUAAUGUCCCGGGUACUUGUGGACACCGGAGCCUCGGUUAGCGUAUUAUUCCGCGAUGCAUACAAAGCUUUGAACAGAGGAAGGGCCAAGCUGUCACAAGAUAAUGAGCCCCUCAUUAGCUUUUCAGGAGAUAUCGUCCAGCCACUCGGGUCAGAUUACCUAUCGAUCACGAUAGGAGAAUGUCCAAACUGUUCAACCAUCAAAGCAGAGUUCAUUGUCGUCGACUGCGCCUCGUCCUAUAACGCUAUCUUGGGGCGACCGGCACUCUGGCGUUUGAAGACAUUCAUCGCAGGACACAUGCUCAUGAUGAAAGUGCCAACUCCGGUGGGAAUAGCGACCAUUCUGGGUGAUCAGACUGCGGCAAGGCAGUGUUAUUCUUUGACGGUAUCUCGGGGCAAGGGCAAGUCAGAAAUGUUGCCCGUGGUCACCAACCCUCUCACAGACCGGUACGAAGAUCCCAGAGAUGAUACAGACUCGGACGACGAAAGGCCCGGUGCCGUGGAGGAAAUCAAAGAGAUUGUACUAUCUGAGGAGUUCCCGGACAGAAUUGUCAAGAUAGGCACCAAGUUGGCUCCGGCUAUCAGAGAAGACCUAAUCUCGUUCCUCCGCUCCAAUGCAUCUGCUUUCGCCUGGUCAUACAAAGACAUGCCCGGUAUACCAACUGACAUAGCCAUGCACAACUUGAGCAUUGUUCCUUACUCGGCACAUGCACCACGAUCCCGUAUGACUAUACAAAUCUCAACCGGGCAUGUCCCAAGGAUAGCUUCCCGCUCCCACGAAUUGACCAACUAA